AUGGCAGGCUCUCUCAUUAACAGAAGCCAAUCAACGUCUUCCAACGAUUUAUCAAAUUCAGGAAAUAGUAGGUUUUCCAGCUCUCUCUCUCGAUUUUCCUUGCAUAAGCACCAUCAAUCUUUAAAUGGGAACCAAAACGUCUUUAUGGGCUCCUCACCCAAGACAAAAAUGCCGACAAGAUAUCCUAUUGGUGGGAACCCACCACUUAUGGAUAGUUUGAGAGAAUAUUCAACAUCAGAAGAGACAAGCGUUUUUAGUGGAAGCUCAAACGCGUACCUGAAAAGUAUGCCUCCACCACCUACUAAGUCAUCGGGACUAAAAUAUAGCAUUCAGGUGGGAAAGGAGCUGUCCAGUAUAGAUAAAAUCAAUGACUCACAGAGUCGGACUUUGGUAGUUGCAGGCAAGAAUCACUUAGGUCUUUAUCAAUUUGAUGGAGAUAGAACGAUACGACCAAUUCAUGAUUUCGUAACUGGUUCAGCCCCUAAUCCCAAGAAAACUUCAAACCUAAGACGACCUAUAAAAAAGAUCAGUACAAUUUCUGAUGUGAAAGCUGGAUUUCAUAAUCAUAAGAAUUAUAUUGCCAUAUGUGGUACAUCUACAUCAGUUUCAAUCUAUGAUCUUAACAAAAUGUCUUCAAUUGAUAAUCCGCUUACAACAAUUCUCUCCGAACAUUCGAGGUCCAUUAACAGUGUAGAUUUCAAUAUGACUCAAACAAAUCUCUUGAUCAGUGGUGGUCAAGAUGGAUGCAUAAAAAUUUGGGAUUUACGUUCAUGCCAGGGAAGGAAAAAUAAAUGUGAUAUUGGAAUUAGCGGCGGUUCUGAUUCUGUCCGAGAUGUAAAGUGGAUGCCUAGUUAUGAUUUUAUAUCGCACGAUUCUAAUGGCGGUGUGGGAGGUCGAGGAAAUAAAUUUGCCUCUAUCCAUGAUUCGGGUCUUCUUUUGUCUUUUGAUCUCCGACAACCUAAUCAAGUUGAAAAAAAGAUUAAUGCACAUUCAGGCCCUGGUUUGUGUAUGCAUUGGCAUCCGCAAUAUGAUUACAUUGUGACUGGAGGGAGAGAUGGUAAAUGCUGCCUGUGGUAUAUAGGUGACAAAAGCUAUGGGACAGGAAAUAACGGUAACGCAAAUGGAGCCCCAUCGCUUUCUUCUAUAGUUGGAGGACCGCUAACCCCGGGUUACUCGAUCAAUUCCGCUCCAACAUCUAUGAUCGCUCCCGAGUUAGUGAUCAACACCGCACAUCCCUUGAGCAAAUUGAAGUGCCGGCCGAAAGCUGUCAGAGAUGUGCUCUCAACGCUAAUUGCCACUUCCCCUUUGGGUGAAGAUUCGGACAUAUCGAUAUACUCUUUAUCCCGAGCUUACAUCCCCAGGAACGUAUUGGUGACUUCUGCGCCUUCUUCUGGAUUUGUUUGGUGGGAUGAGGACCUAAUCUUCGGAAUUGAUAAACAAAACACUAUAACUGGAUGGGAAAUAGAACAAGAGCCCAAGCUUUUGGAUAAUAUGCAUAAAAGUGUUGUUGGAUGGAGAGACAUUGAAGGGGAUGGCCUAAUAUUUGUAGACCAAGAGCCUGGUUCCUACAAUGUACCUUCAUUCGAAGGAAGCCCCUCUCCUGGUACAAUACAUAAAAUACCGCAAAGUAGAAUGAGUACUACUACAAUGAAUACUCUCUUUGGUGGCACUGCGAGACAUAACUCCAACGCAUCUUUGUUAAGUCAUAACACAUAUCACAACCAAAAUUCGCUUCCCACCGAACGUCCGGUCUUAAUGCGCUCUGGAACUUCGUUGACUAGCAAGACUCCUGUUAAUCAAUUAGUUGGUUCGGCGUCAAGUCAAUCCUACUCUCAUUACAACUCUGUUGUUUCAGCAAAUGCGUCACUAGCAGGCGGUUUACUUGAAGCUGAUAAUUUUGAAUCUCCAAAACUGAUUUCAUUAGAUCUUCCUCAGAUCAUUAAUAGUAUCAGAAUAUCAAAACUUCAGAAACAAAGGCAUCGGCGAGCCAGUUAUGAUUUAAAUGUUUUAAAAGAAUCUCCGGUUGAGGUUUUUAAAUUUCUGUCAAAAGAGCUAAAGUUUUCUUAUAUGCAAGAGAAAAACUAUGCUAAAAUCAAUGAGAGCGAAGAAGAAGACGAUCAAUCGCAAAGUAUCGACGAUAAUGAUAUCAAGACUCAGCUCAUGGAAAAAUUUGGUCUUUCAGAGAACAACACCUGGACUAAUCUCAUAAGAACGACAACAGCACAUGACAACGACUCUACUGUGCCUGAAUUACCUACUCAAAGCGAAACAGAGGACACUAACACCUCUACCCGAAUACCAUGCAAUAACACAGACAAAAAUAACGAACUUUCAGCUACUUCUGAUCUUGAAGAUAAUAAACAGGAAAAUGGUCGCACAUUGAAAAUCAAGCAGCGAAUAAAUCAUUUCAUCGAACUAGUUUCAAUGUGUGAUCACAAUGCUGAGACAUACUUGUAUGUUGGUGAUCUAAUGAAUUUUAAACUUUGGAUAAUGAUGAGAAACGCACUUCUCUGGGAUCUUAAACAGAUUGCUGACACUGUUACUAUUGAAAGCUCUUUAGAAACCUCCAAAGAAAGGCAAUUCAACCCAAACUUUUCACCAUCAACAAAAAAAUUUAGACAGGAUUCAAUGGUUUCAGAUUAUAGCAGUUUUAGCGCUAGCGAAUUUGGCUCCUCUGUUGAUGUCCACAGUCGAAUCAGGAGAGAAUCUUCAUUGGUCUCUGCUAGCUCAUCCAAUCACGCCGCCGUAUCGAAUUUGAAGCUACAAUUAGAGAAGCAAAUGAAUUUGAAGUUAGGAAACUCACCGUCAGAUGCUGGGGCAAAUGAGCAAGAACCCCGAGAGGAUUUAGAUUCCGCUUCACUGAAGGCUAGUUUAGAGGAAUUGAGAAUACAAAACUCCAACCAAAAUGGAGAAAGUGAAAGUGCUAUUGAGGACGACGACGAUUUGAAUAAACAAAGCGAUGAUGUAAACGCGAAAUUGUCUGGCGAGACCGGAGAGAACCAUGAAAACAGUAUACCAAUUGCCCACACUUCUCAAAGAAGAAUCUCAUUUAUUGAUACUUUUAUUACAAACCUAAGGUCUCCAAAGCCGGGGAGUUCUGAAUUCGACGGAGAAGUCACAAAGAUAUCAAAUUCUGCGAGCACCAAGAGAUCCUCGCAACCAAGUUUCUCGUCGUCUUUUGCGAGUUUUGCAACAAAGAGACAUUCAUCCAGCUCACCAAAUGCUACAAAGACCGGCUCUAUUAAUAGGCCAUCUAAAAGUUUUCAUCUAUUAGGAAAUGAAGUUGAUAGCAUAAUUGAAAACAGUGCGGAUUUUCCGCUGAAAGUUUUGAAGCCUCGGACAGAAUUCGCUGAUUUCUUAGGUAAGGAAAGAAUGAAAAAGCAUGUUUCGACACCCCCAUGGGAGACAUCGAAACUAAUCAAACAUAUAUUCCAGCAGGCUGUAGAAACUGGCAACGUUCUAUUAACAGUCAAUAUUUUAUUACUCUUCCAAACUACUUAUCACGUUACAACUACCUUGAUAGUAAAGAAUACUUUAGCCGAGUUUAUUAAUAUUUUACACAAAUACGAAUUAUUUGAAAUUGCGGCAGACCUUCUCAAGUACUGUCCUUGGGAUGAUAUUCUAGGUGCUGGAACCGGUCAAUCUAGUGUCCGUCUAUUCUGUGAUCGUUGCGGUAAAGUCAUGGUAAAUGAGCGUUCUAAGGAGAAAUAUACCGAGGAAUGGCAACGCACCGGCAAAAAAUCCAUCAUGGAAAAAUUCGGGUACUGGUAUUGUGACUCUUGCUCAAAACGCAACACUUUGUGCGUUUUAUGCGAGCGUCCCUUGAAAAAGUUAACAGUUUGUGUUCUAAAUUGCGGGCAUGAAGGACAUUUCGAAUGCUUUCAUAAAUGGUUUAUGGAAGAGGACAUGGAUGUGUGCCCUAGUGGAUGUAUAAAUUCUCUGUUUUAA